CCUUCGACACCAUCGACACCUUGGACACCACCCACUCCACCUCCUGCUUCUCGCAUCGACCAUGGCCGACGACGCUAUCCCCCUCUAUGGCCUCGACAAGGAGCUGGCCGCCAAGGCUGCUGCCAAGUACGACCCCCAGCGCGAAAUCGAUGCCAGGUACUUCAUCGAAACCGUCACGAACGAAACAUUUCCCUCGAAUGACUUCCAGGAGUCGCUCAAGGACGGCGUUCUCCUCUGCAAGGUCAUGAACGCUCUUCAGCCUGACGAGAAGCCCAUCAAGAUCUCGCCGUCCAAGAUGCCGUUCAAGCAGAUGGAGAACAUCAGCAGCUUUUUGGAUCGGAUGGCUGCCUAUGGCGUGCCGGCUCACGACCGAUUCCUCACCGUCGACCUCUUUGAAGGCAAGAACAUCAACCAGGUCAUCGACUCCAUCUUUGCGCUCUCUCGCACGGCCAACCGAAACGGCGCCAACGCCCCCUUGCUUGGACCCAAGCUCGCCACCAAGGCCACCCGAACCUUCUCCGAGGAUCAGCUUUUGGCCUCUAAGGCUGCGGUGCCCAAGCUGCAGGCGUUCAACUCUGGUGCCACCCAGAAGGGCAUCUCCUUUGGGUCCGUACGCCAGGUCUACAACCCCAGCAUCGGCACCGGCGACACCUCUGUCACCACAAAGUUCCUGAGCUCCAAGGCCAAGGCCGAGGGCGGCCCCCUGGGCUCCUUUGGUGGCCGACGUGAGAUCGGCGGCAUCUAUCUGGACGGCCCCGUGGACCAGGAAGGAAAUGUGGCUGCCGAGGCCGCCGAGUCGGUCGACGUGGUCAUCUCCAAGGUGGAGGCUUUGGAAGUGUCGCCGGACGACAUCCUGGAUUCAUAUGUCGAUGACGAGGAGGAGGAAGUCGUCGUCAUUGACGAGUGAGCGCGCACAUUCAAGAGCCAGGCUCUGCUGUCGCCUAUCUGCUCCGGCCUGCCACCGCCCCCAUCGCCAUUUUUCGCUACCGUCAAAAUCGAGUCCUUGCUGUGUCAACACAGCCCGCCGGAAGCCUCCGACUAAUGGGUGCAUGCCACCGUUGGAUCAUUCUCCCACCCCCAACCCGCUCCAUCUUCUAUUGUAGUCUGUGCAGAAUGGGCCGUGACGUCCAGUUGCAGCAGCCACUAUCUGAUUAGUGAACAAAUAAAUUCAUCUAUCGUAAUGAGAUGACUAUCAAACGAGACGUUCAUUGAACGCCCCUAUG